CUGUUGGUGCUGUUAUGGACCCGUUUGUGAGUGAAGGGGAUCUGGAGCCCAGCAGGUAACCUCACCUGUCCCUCUGUUACUGCUGAAAGUUCAGCUUCAGAAUAUACUGGAUCAUCGUCUGCUAGUUAGCCAGAGUCCUGUUUGGACCAGCCCAUGGACUCCAGCAGUGUCCAUGAGGUGGUCCACGAGGUGGUCCACUUUGACUCCUCAGCGCUGCCAGCCAAACAUCACGACCCUGACACCACCGAACCAAUCAGCUGCGGCCUUCAGACUUUAGAGGAGUUGUUGUCGUGGAAACGAAGCGAUGCGAACCUCUUUAAUGUGGCAGCUGUCCCUUUGGCCCCUCGGGACCCUCCCCUCGCCGCGAGUGCCCGUCGGACCCUGGUCUCUCACGACAUGAUGGGCGGCUACUUAGAUGACCGCUUCACCCAGGGCACACACAGCGAUGCUCCGUAUGCCUUCUACCACUGGCAGUACAUUGAUAUUUUCAACUACUUCACACACAACAUGGUGACCAUUCCUCCUGUCGUGUGGACCAAUGCAGCACAUAAACACGGAGUCGUCGUUCUUGGGACCUUCAUCACAGAGUGGACUGACGGAGCGGUGGUGUGUGAGGCCUUCCUGAAAGACGAGGAGUCGUACCGGGCGGUGGCUGAUAGGCUGGUCCAGAUCAGCCACUGCUACGGCUUCGACGGCUGGCUCAUCAACAUCGAGAACUCCCUCAGUGAGGGUGCGGUGAAGAACACUCCUCUGUUCCUGCAGUAUCUGACAGAGCAGAUGCACGAGAGAGUGCCCGGCAGCCUGGUGCUGUGGUACGACAGUGUUCUCGAAAAAGGAGAGCUAAAAUGGCAAAACGAACUGAACGAGUCCAACAGGGUGUUUUUCGGUGCUUGUGAUGGUUUCUUCACCAACUACAACUGGACAGAGCAGAGCCUGGAGUGGAUGACGGGAUACAGCGGCCUCGAUGGCCGCCAGGCUGACGUCUACGUCGGAGUGGACGUGUUUGCCCGAGGCAAGGUGGUGGGAGGAAUGUGGGAAACAAAUAAGGCGCUGGAAAUCAUUCGAAAGCACAACUUCUCUGUUGCCUUGUUUGCUCCAGGCUGGGUGUACGAGACCCUCAGUGAUAAGACCCAGUUUCGCAAGAAUCAGGACAAGUUCUGGGCUCUUCUGUCAGACUUCCUGAGCAUCCAUCGGCCCGCCUCACCCCUCCCCUUCGUCUCCUCCUUCUGCCAGGGCUUUGGGAAGGCCAUCUACAGGAGAGGACAGCUUGAGGCGAGCAGGAGCUGGUUUAACCUGAGUGCCCAGGAGGUGCAGCCCCUGUACAACAACACACAGCUGGAGGGCGGGGGGUGGCUGAGCAGCCGCAGUUGCCCUGACGACGCUUGGAAUGGAGGCUGCUCGCUGCUGCUGGAGGGAGUCAUCCCCGCCACACACACAUCUCCAGUUACUGCAAAGAUCUUCUCCCUCGAUGUAAUCCUGGCCCCCAAGACUCUGGUGACCCUCAUCUACAAGUCAUCGCCUGGGAUCAGAAUAUCCCUGGAACUGAAGACAACAGACCCCAGUCAAUGCACACACAUGAACGUCCAUGAUGUCAAAGUUCCCCCUGUGUCUGCUGCAGGACUGGGUGAUGGGCUGGAGUCGGUGAGCCAGUUCUUUCAGCUGUGUGGCAACCUGAGUGCAGGCGGCUGGACCAUCGGAUGUUCACAGCUGGAGCUCCGUGGCUGUGCUCUGCGAGAAGUCAGUGUGAGCAUCCAGAGGGAUAGAGAGGCGCAGGAAACGCCUAUCAGCUGCAGAGUGGGAGAGAUCCUGCUGAUGGAUGGAGCCAGUCUGCAGACCCCCCCUCAGCUGGUCAAGGGCUUGUGUAUUUAUGACGUGGUGUGGUUGCGUGGUGCUGGAACCUCCACCUCUCCCUGCCUGCACCUAAACGCCACUAUGCACUGGGACUACCCCACGGAGUUUGUGCGCCACUUCAGGGUGUACUGGCGGCGGCUGAGAGGACCCGACCCCCGGAUCCCCCCCGGUCAGCUGGCUCUGAUGGGCCGGGCGUACUCUAACUUCUAUAGAGUGACAGAGCUGGAGAUCCCAGAAGCCCCCGGCCUGCUGGAGCUGGUGGUGGAACCGGUGAUCAGGAAGGGCUUCCCGCUGCCAGAGAGCCACUGGGGCAGAAGGAGCCUCAGCUACACAGAGGCCAAAACAAAAUGACUUAAAGAUCUGAAUGUCACUUCAUUACAGAAUGGGAAGGUUAACGACAUGAUGAACAUUAUUAAACUCGUGCCUGCAGAAUAACUUAUUGCAAUUAUUUUUUGACUGAUAUUGCAAUUGCAAUUCACGAUUUUAGAAGAAUUGUGGGUUUCAGGCCAGGUAUAGAAAGUUUUGUAAUCAGAAUUCCCAUUGUCAUUGAAAAACAUUCAAUUUUUGUUGUUGCAAGGACCCAUAGUUAAGUGUGUAGAAUACAAUUUAUCAGUCUGGAAAUCUGUACUUUAGCCUUUUACAAAUGUUGUGCCUUUUGCAAUUUGAAUAAUCCAUAUCGGGAUUUCGAUAUAUUCUAUACAACAAUUUGAUUAAUUGUGCACCCCUUCUUGAUAAGGUAACAACCAAAGGAUCAUUAUUCAAUCGUACCAAGCGGUUUUCUUCAGGGCUACACCUGAAUUCAUAAACAACUGACAACUGGGCAAAAUCUGUCCAGAGCUAAAUUGAAUGUGAUUAAAACGUGAGAACAAUUAGCAUCUUGAUCUUAAAAUGUAGUUUAGCAUUAAGAUUGGAAACAUGUGGAAACAGCUAGCCUGGCUCUGUCCACCUACCAGCUUAAGCUAACUAUCGCAUCAUAUCUCAUUUGUACAAAAACUGUGUUUGGUUUAAAGGGUUUGAGGUACGUGAAGGUUUUGAAUUACUGAUGGUUGGACUAAUUAAAAGAUUCUGUUUUAAUAAGUAAGCUUAUGAUGAUGCUAAGUCAGGUUAGCUGCUGCCACCUGUUGCCAGCAUUUGUGCUAACUAGCUAUAGCUUUACAUUUUGUGUUUAGACUUGAGUUGUAUUUAUGUCUUCAUAAACAAGGAUCAUGCAUAGAAAAGCCCAAAUCUGAAUUAUGCCAGAUUUAGCUAUAUGCUAAUGUAUAUCUGAAAUCCCUGGGCAGGAACACGUAUAACAAUCAACAAGCACUCAAAACCUUACAUAGUCUCUCUAUCACACUAACCAUUAUACAUGAAAAUCAACGUGUAAAUACCAUCACAUUUAUUUCUACAACUAUAUGAAAUUAAUAUGAACUAAAAAUAUCAAAACCCGGUCAUAUAAUGCUGAUAAGACUGGUUGCUCAAUAUCCAUUCCUACUCAUUGAAGUCUUAUUGUAUUCCCCAUAUUGUUUAACCAUUCCUUAUGUUACUUACUACAUGUUACUUGUAUGUGCUGCAGUUACAGUAUCUUCAGUCUCCUGUGUUGCCUAAGACGGCAUUUGAUAAAGGAUCAUUUACUGAAUAUUAUAUGAAGCAUAUAAAGGGCUAAUAUGCAUGUUCUGUGCAUGACGUUUGCACAAUGGUCUUAAUCAUAUUAACUCAUAUUACAUCUCAGGUUUCUCAAUGCAAUGGUGUGUUUAAAUCAUAAUCCAUAUUUAACAUUGUACCGGUUGGCUGUAUGGUGAUGUAUCGGGUUACAGACUUAUCACUUGACAAGAUUUACCUAUCCAAAUAGCCUAUACCACAUAUUUACGUUUUCAUUGGCAUAUGUGGAUUCAGCACUUUUAUACUUGGAUCCACCAAUGUGCUUUAUAUGAUCAAUCUAUGUUAACUAUAGGAGAACAUUGUAAACUGAGGGAACUGAACUGAAGGAUAUUUUUUUAACGGUUUGUUAAAGACUAAUACAACAAGCUACUACAUCAUGUGAUCACUUUCUCAUACAGUAUUCACGGGCCAGCUCUUAUUGGCUUUGUACUUCACUUAAAUCAAUUUGUCAACAUCUUUUGAAUUUGAUAAUAAAAAUGAUUUUGUUAA